AUGAGGAACCCCUUCCCAUCGCAUCCGUCCAGCGAUACCGCAACGGCCGUCAAGACCGGCGUGGCACAUCCUGAUCCAGACGCGACGAGCACGAUUCCCCAUGUCACGAUCCGUACCGUGGUCAUGACCUGUCUGGUCGCCAUGGGUGGCUUUAUCUUCGGCUACGACACGGGGCAGAUCUCGGGUUUUCUAGAGAUGCCCGUGUUCUUGGAGCGCUUUGGGCAGAGCACCACCAACCUGGACAAGUAUCCUACCGGCUACUACUUUACGAAUGUAAGGAGUGGCUUGAUUGUGGGUUUGCUAUCCAUCGGUACAUUAAUCGGCUGCCUCAUCGCCGGCCCCUUCGCUAAUAAGUACGGGCGCAAGUGGUGUAUCCCCGUUUGGUGCGUGAUCUUCUGUAUCGGGGUCGUCGUGCAGAUGGCCGUCGGCACGGGAGACUGGAUAGGUAUUGUUAUGGGAAGAUGGACCGCAGGGCUCGGCGUGGGCGGGCUCUCCGUGCUCGUCCCGUUGUACAUGUCCGAGACGAGUCCGGUGCCGGUUCGCGGCGCCGUCGUCUCCUGCUACCAGCUCUUCAUCACCAUCGGCAUCUUCACCGCCGACUGCAUCAACUACGGCACCGAGAGCCGCGCCGACACGGGCUCCUACCGCAUCCCCAUGGGCAUCGGCUACAUCUGGGCCCUGAUGCUGGGCAUCGGCAUCGUCUUCCUCCCCGAAUCGCCCCGACACGAUUGGAAUCACGGGCGUGCGGACCGCGCCCGGACCACCAUGUCCCAGUUCUACGGCCUCAGCGAGCACCACCCCCUGAUCGAGAGCGAGACGGCCGAGAUCGAGAAGGUGAUGCAGGCCACCGCCGGGGAUCACCCUUGGUAUGAAGCCCUUACCGGGCCUCGGAUGCUCUACCGGGUCGCGCUGGCUAUGGCCCUGCAGAUGCUGCAACAGCUCACGGGUGCCAACUACUUCUUCUACUACGGCACCACCGUCUUCAGCGGCGUCGGCCUGGAGAAUUCCUAUGUGACCGCCAUGAUCCUCGGUGGUGUCAAUGUCGGCGCGACCUUCGUCGGCGUCUAUCUCGCGCGCCGCGGUCGCCGGCGCGAAUCCCUGUACCUAGCUGCCCUCUGGCAGACUAUGUGCUUUCUCAUCUUUGCCUCGGUGGGGCAGUUCCUCUUCAAGGAUUCCGCGGCGGGCUCGACGACGGCCAAGACGUCCGGCACAGUCAUGAUUGUUUUCGCGUGCCUCUUCAUCGUCUCCUUCGCCAUGACCUGGGGCCCGCUGGUGUGGGCGUGCAUCGGCGAGAUGUUCCCCUACCGAUACCGCGCCGUCGGCAUGGCCUUCGCCACGUCGGCCAACUGGUUCUGGAACUUCAUGCUGGCCUUCUUCACACCCUUCAUCACGGGCGACAUUGGCUUCGCCUACGGCUACGUCUUUGCCGCCUGCAAUCUCGCCGCCUUCGUCCUCGUCUACUUCUUCCUCAUCGAGUCGGCUGGCCGCACACUCGAGGAGGUCGAUGCCAUGUACCUGCUGCACGUGCCCCCGCGGCAGAGCGCCCGCUUUGCCUUCGAUGCCGAGACCAGCGGCAUGGUGGAUGCGGGUGGCAUCGGGACCGAUCACAUGCGGUUGGAGGGACAGGGCAUGCGGGUCCGAAAGCAGAAGGAGGCGGGCGAGGGCGGCAUAGUGCAGGACGAGGGCGUGCCGAUGGUGAAGGACGAGAGUAGCAUGGAGGUGCCGCCGAUGAGCGGGGCUGGUGCUGGUGGUGGUGAGCGUAAAAGCUAG